CAAAAUGCUCUUUUGAUCUUCAAUUAUCAAGUUUGUAAUUUGCCUCUUUUAUAUAUGGUCUAGCUUAUCCUUAUCAGCAUUUCAACUAUAUCAACUCUUUGUUAAAUAGUCUGAUAAGUCAUAAACAGAUUAUGGAUUUCAAAUGGCAAACAAAGGUGCAAUUUUUAGCUUACAUUCUUUAUGAGCUGUCAAAAUGCUUGGACUAAAGGCACGUCGUCACUGGUUUCUGCACCACCUGCUCCUCGUUCUCCUGAUCCUCCUUCUAGCAGGCCGUAGUUUUGCCAUUGUUUGCUAUCACUGCGAUUCCAUUGCACUGCCUGAAUGUUCCCAGACCCUCGGAGAGGUUGGAGUUCUCCCCUACAAGGAAUGCCCCACGGAACUGACGUGUGCCAUGUCCAUUGUGGACUCUAUCACUUAUCGCGGCUGCGGAGCUGAGACCCCCACUACUGGAGCGACUUACUCGAAGAGUUGCUCGUCAAACUUAUGCAAUGCUGGAGUUUAUCCUCCGGGUCGACUCAAAUGUCACCACUGCGCUGGACAAGAUUGUGUUGCAGCUCCGGGGGCUAAACCAAAACCCUGUCGCUAUCAUUUGGAAGAGGAUCAGUGCUACACGGAUGUUCUAAGUUCAACUGAAGCUUACAGGGGCUGUGUCUCCGAGCAGAAUCACACGCUGUCCAGUGCGGCCAAGUUGUGUGAGAUCAAUGGCUGCAAUGAGGAUCAGGGAGCUUGGACACAGAUCUGCGCCACCUGCGAUUCUGCAAAUGGUAGGGGCUGCAAAAUGGAUCUCUUUCAGAUCAACACCGGUAAAUGCAAUGUUUCACUGUACGAGGAAUGCCAACAAGAUGUGCUGUUGGGUGAGCCAGAGGACAAGUACUGCUUCAGUUUCCGGAGAUUAAAUAGGGUGGUCAGGGGCUGCUCUACAAAAAUGCCAACAGAUCUGGAACCGUACUUGGAGGAUCUGGUAAAGUGUAGAACCAGUGACAACUGCAAUGCAGGAUGCAUUACACAACAGAAGUGCUUAACCUGUAACUCCUUGGAUCAGGAACUUUGCAGAACGAAUGUAACCGCCAUAAGUAACAGCACUUGUGGCUCCGCCGAGGCCUCUUCCUGCUUCACCUGUGAGUACUCCAACUGGAGCAUCCAAAGGGGCUGUGGAGCAGCACCCACAAAUCCCGAGGUCACCAAGUGCUACGAGUGCGAUGAGGAAGGCGGUUGCAAUAGGAAGGAUUUCACUCGCUGCUACCGAUGCAGCACCGAUCAGGCGGGAGCAGGAUGUGCGAAUUGGGAGAGACCAGGCGAAAUAUUCAUCGAGGAAUGCGUUGAGCCAGCCACAUCGUGUAUGGUGGUUUCCUUUCGCAACGGCACCACAGCGAGAGGAUGUCAGAAGUCGGAUCUCAGCUGUACUUCCGCCAAUGUGGCCAAUUGCCUGCCUUGCGAGGGGAGCUUCUGCAACAAGGGAGCCUUUCCGGAGAAGCGCCUGUGGUGCCACCAGUGCCAAGGAGUACAGGAUUGCGAGGAAAUCUCCAGGGGACAAACGGCACUUCCCUGUCCUGUUCAAGCGAAUGAACCUGAGGAUCAAAAACUGGCUUGCUUGGAGUACUUCGAUACCCACAGCAAGCAGAUUGUGAGGGGAUGUCGUUCCAAUCCGGAGCUGUACUACGAAUGCCUCUUGAGGAGUAGCCACCAUGACAAUUGUCGCAUUUGCCACAGUCAGGCCUGCAAUGAUAGUCCCGGAAAGGAUCUGAGAGCGGCCUAUGAGCUGGAGACCAAGGCAAUGGCAUUACUGCAGGCCAGAAGUUCCUCAAAGUCCUUAAAGUCUACUAUAGUGGUUUACGAAAUUGUGUUGCUUCUUAGUGCUAUGAUGAUCCUAUAG